GCAAAUAAAAUACCUAUGGACGCAAUUCUCAAGGCCGUGAAAACGUCAAUCAACUAUAUAUACUUUUGUUAUCAGUUGAAGUAUUUAUUAAAGAAACUCUUUGCUUACGGAGAAGUUAUAAACAUGUCGAAGCCAAAGGUUCUAGUUAAUCGAGACGAUAUUCCUACAGCUGGUUUAGAUCUUCUACGCACCAAAUGCAAGCUGACUAUUCUUCCGGGUUCAAAUUCAACCAGGGAAGAAAUUCUUCGAGCUAUACCUGGACAUGAUGGAUUUUAUUUUUUUGGCCAUGUUAAUGUCAAUACAGACUUUUUAGACAUUGCAGGACCUUCGCUGAAAGUAAUCUCAACAAUUUCUGCUGGAUUUGAUCAUCUUGACGUUCCAGAAAUAAAACGCCGAGGAAUUAAAGUAGGGCACACUCCAAUAGUGUUAAAUGCAGCAGUUGCGGAAAUUGCUGUAAUGCUACUUCUAAAUGCUGCUCGACGAGCUCAUGAAAGUCGAUCGUUACUUGAAAGAGGCAAGGUUGAAGCUAAACCACAAUGGCUCCUUGGUCAGGAUAUCCGAGGAUCUACAGUAGGGAUCGUAGGACUAGGAAUGAUCGGCUUAGCGAUUGCCAAUAGACUAGUUCCUUUUGAAGUCGGGCGAUUUUUAUACACCGGUCAUGCUCCUAAAAAAUCUGCCGAUGAAAUAGGGGCUGAGUUUGUGUCCCUGGAUGAUCUUCUCGAGCUUAGUGACUUUGUCAUCGUCGCAACUCCACUGACAAUCGAAACCCAUGGACUUUUUGACGACGCAGCUUUUGAUAAAAUGAAGAAAACUGCUGUAUUCAUCAACAUCGGUCGUGGAGCUGUUGUGAAAACAGACGCGCUUUUGAGAGCGCUUAAAGAAAAAAAAAUAUUCGCUGCUGGGUUGGAUGUUGUUGAUCCCGAGCCUCUACCCAAAGAUCACGAGUUAUUAACACUCCCGAAUUUAGAAAUAGUUCCUCAUAUCGGUAGCGCGACUAUAAAAACUCGCAGGGAUAUGGCAAUUGUUGCCGCGCAGAAUAUUACCAACGCUCUCGAGGGAAAACCUCUCGUUUAUCCGUUGUAACUUAAGUAAUUCCCAGCUUUUUAUAAGCAAUUUUUUAUACUUAAAUAAAAUUAAGUAUCAUCAAUAAAAUCAUUUAAUUUUUUCGAGGUUA